AUGUGGUCAACAACAAAUUCACAGCUUCAAACGCUGAAGAUCAUGCAACACCAAUUUUCCGAUAUUUUAGUGGCAAUUAGGAAGAGAUCCAAAGUGCCUGGUGUUAUGGUCACACAGUAUGUCGAGGAACUUCCGCCUGGAUGUACUACGCCUGAUUUCAUCAGAAAACCCAUAGCAUUAACUAUUCAGGAAGGCAAACUGGCCUUUUUCAAAGCUGUUGUUAAUGGAUGUCCAGUUCCAGAAGUUACAUGGGGACGAAACAAGGAAGACAUCUCUAAUUCAACCAAAUACGUUACACGAUUUGAUGAUAAGAAUGAAGAAUAUAUUUUGGAGAUACCAAAUGUAGAUUCAGAUCAAGCAGACACAUACAAGUGUUUUGCUAUAAAUCCGUUUGGAAAAGCUAUUUGCACUGCUGCACUGAAUGUCAUUGAGGUUGGAUUCAAGAAAAGGAAGCCAGCCCCCAAAAGUGACCCAGAUGAGUUCCGAAAAAUGCUGAAGAAAACGUAA